AUGGACGUGUUACCCCAUGACCUCACACGGUCGACACGCUCCCCUGAGAACAACCUGCUGCAGCGGCAGCUGCUGGGUGGAUCCGGGGCUGCAGAGGUCUGCUCUUGCUCUGCAACCCACCUGUCACUGGGAGCAGUGGGAGCGGACAGCCCAGUGUCAACAGCAGAGAAGAGCGGUGACCAGGAAGAUGAAGAAGCUGUUGAUGCGACAGAGCAUUCUGAAGAGGUCACAACCCUUGGGGAGGUCGCAUCCGAGGGGGAAGUUGCCCCCGAAGGGGAAGUCACACCUGAAGGGGAAAUCGCACUCGAUGCAGAAGUCACCCCCGAAGGGGAAGUCGCCCCCAAAGGGGAAGUCGCACCCGAAGGGGAAGUCGCCCCCGAAGGGGAAGUCGCACCCGAAGGGGAAGUCGCCCCCGAAGGGGAAGUCGCCCCCGAAGGGGAAGUCGCACCCUAUGGAGAAGUCGCCCCCGAAGGGGAAGUCGCCCCCGAAGGGGAAGUCGCCCCCGAAGGGGAAGUCGCACCCUAUGGAGAAGUCGCCCCCGAAGGGGAAGUCGGCCCCGAAGGGGAAGUCGCACCCUAUGGAGAAGUCGCCCCCGAAGGGGAAGUCGCCCCUGAAGGGGAAGUCGCCCCCGAAGGGGAAGUAGCCCCCGAAGGGGAAGUCACACCCUAUGGAGAAGUCGCCCCCGAAGGGGAAGUCGCCCCCGAAGGGGAAGUUGCGCCCUAUGGUGAAGUCGCCCCCGAAGGGGAAGUUGCGCCCUAUGGUGUAGUCGCUCCCCAUGAGGGAGCUGAAAACAAGGAGGAAGCGGAAAUGAAAGAGGACUUGGAGUCCGAAGGGGAGCUGGACUCUGACACGGAGACCUCGUCCUCUGAGGAGAGAGUCAGUUCUACAGAUGUGAUCUACACCAGUCCUGGGGACGUGGCCGAAGAGGAAGAUGACUCCAGGUCCCUGUACGAAAGAGCAAGGAGGGAGGCCAGGCUUGAGGACGGAAAGUCCGCCCGUCCCUCGGAGCCCGGAGGCGGGGGCGCCGGCCCGCGACAGGCAGCAGGCCACUCGGAGCAGAGGGGCCAGGGCGCUGCCAGGCGCUGGGCAGGCAGUUCGAGAAUCUCCGUCGAGGAGCUGCAGCAGGAGGCACCUGCUCCGGGGGCGCAGCGGCCCCGGGGGCGGAGCCGGCGGAGCAGCGCCACGUCCUCGAGCGCACAGUCCCUGACCCCGGAGCCAGAGGUGCCUGGCACCCACCCCGGGGAGGGGUCCCCGCCCUCCUUCCUGGACAGGAUCCAGCACUUAGCCCGCUCCGGGGAAGGGGGCGAGGAGCGAGUGGAGUCCGAGGGGAGUGACCAGGCAGAAGACGACGCCUCCCAGCUGGUGGUCUUGGACCCAGGCCACCCCCUGAUGCUGAGGUUCCAGGCCACCCUGAAAAGCUACCUUCGCCGCCAGAUAGAGAAGCUGACGCUGGAGGUUCGCGAGCUGGGGGUGGCCACCAAGCGGAGCCAGGCCCAGCGGCAGGAGCUGGGGGUGGACCUCUACGGGGUCCAGCAGCACCUGGCGAGCCUGCAGAUGCAGCUGGAGAGGAGCCACGACCGCCACUCCAUCAUCGCGUGCGCCCGCCAGCAGCAGGAGCAGGAGCUGCAGCGCGCGCGCGCUCUCUACUCGAGGACCAGCAAGGCUGCCAAUGAGGAGCGCAAAAAGCUGGCGGCGCUGCAAGCCGAGAUGGAGAGCCUGGCUCUGAACGUCUUCUACAUGCAGAACGUCGACCAGGACGUGCGGGACGACAUCCGCGUGAUGAGGCAAGUCGUGAAGAAGUCAGAAGCGGAGCGGGCGCGGGCCGAGCUGGAGAAGAAGCAGCAGGACCUGCACGUGGACCGGCUCACCACCCAAGCCAACCAGCUGGAGGAGCAAAUCGCCCUUUUUGAAGCUCAGUCCUCUGCCCAGGCCGAGGACACCCAGCUGCUCAGGAAGGCCGUGAGCGAGGCCUGCGCGGAGAUCGAGGCCGUCGGCCUCGAGAAGAGGCGGAUCCUGCAGCAGUGGGCCACCAGCCUGGUGGGCAUGCAGCGUCGGGACGAGGCCCACAGGACCAUCCAGGAGGCGCUCAGCGAGUGCCGGCACCAGCUGAAGUCCCUGGACGGGGAGGCGGAGGCCUACAAGAAGUCCAUCGUGCGGGAGGAGGAGGAGAACGAGAAGCUGGCGAGCCUCCUGCACCGGGCGGAGACGCAGGCGGGCCUGCUGCGGAAGCUGACCGCGCAGUGCCUGGCCAGGCAGGAGGUGCUGCAGAACCAGGUCAACACCUACCGGCUGGUGCUGCAGGACACGGAGGACGGGCUGGGCCGGGCCCGCAUGGAGCACACGACGGCCGUGGGCGAGCUGCAGACGGUCCAGCAGGCCAUCCGGCAUGAGCUGGAGCUGCGGCAGAAGCUGGAUGCCUGCAUCGUGGAGAAGCUGCAGGAGCACCUGACCUCCAACAAGAUGACCAAGUACUUCCACCAGCUCAUCCUGAAGCUGCAGAAGGAAAAGACCAACCUAGUGACACAUCUCUCCAAAAUUGACGGCGACAUCGCCCAGACCACGCUGGACAUCACAAACACCACCUGCAGGCUGGAGGUGCACCGGACGACGCUGGCCGAGCUGGACGGGGAGGUGACCACAAUGAACGACCUCAUCGGCAACAGCGAGAGCGAGAUCUCCCGGCGCACGAUCCUGAUCGAGAGGAAGCAGUGCCUGAUCAACACCCUCAGCAAGCAGCUGGAGCAGAUGCUCUCCGAGCUGGGGGGGGAAGAGCUGGGGCCGCUCGAGCUGGAGAUGAAGCGGCUCAGCAAGCAGCUGGACGAGCAGAGCGCGGCGGUGACGCGGGCGCAGGCCAGCUGGCUGCGGCUGCAGCAGGAGAUGGUCAAGGCCACGCAGGAGCGCGAGGGGCAGCUGGCCUCCCUGCACCUGUCCCGGAAGGAGGUCCGCAUCCUGGAGCAGAAGAAGCUGCGCAUCGAGAACAAGAUCGACCAGGAGAAGAAGGAGCAGAAGGACAUCGAGCGCCACCUGAAAGACCUGGACAACGACCUGCGGAAGCUCAACGUGCUCCUGAGCAAGAACCGCAGCAGCUCCGCGGACCUGCAGCAGGACAACCUGGUGACCGAAAACGAGUUCGUGCACGCGCUCAGGGCCGCGGAGCGGGAGGCCAUCGAGCUGCGGGAGCGGCUGGGCCAGCUGGCGGAGGAGAAGGCGUCCAUCCUCAGCAGCCUGGUGGAGGCGGAACACCAGAUCAUGCUCUGGGAGAAAAAAAUCCAGCUGGCCAAAGAGAUGCGCGCCUCGGUGAGUUCGGAGACGGGCCAGACGGAGAUCCGCGCCAUGAAGGCCGAGAUCCACAGGAUGCAGGUCAAGCACGGGCAGCUGCUGAAGCAGCAGGAGAGUCUGAUCCGCAACAUGGAGCUGGCCGUCGCCCGCAGAGAGACCAUCGCCACCCAGGCGGAGGGGCAGAGGAGGAUGGACAGGAAGCUUCUCACCAGGACCGACUUCCACCACAAGCAGACAGAGCUGCGACGGAAGAUCAGGGACCUUCACAAAGCCACCCAGGAGUGCAGCAGCAACAUCCAGGAGCUGGAAGAAACCCAAAAGCGCGUGAGCGACUCCCUUCUGGAGAAGCGGACACAGCUCUCAGCCGCGCAGGCGCAUAGCGAGGAGCUGGAGGCCAGCCUGGAGCAGCUCAAGGCCGGCAAGCGACAGAAACUCUCGGAGCUCGUGGCCCUGCAGACGCGCCUCAAGCACCUGCAGGCAGUGAAGGACGGCAGGUACGUGUUUCUCUUCCGCUCCAAGCAGUCGCUGCUGGAGGAGCGCAGGCGCCUGGAGGACCGGCUGGCCGCCAUCGGCACCAUCCUCGACCGCGUGCAGGACGAGCACCCCCAGUUCCAGGGGGCCCUGCACAAGCUCAGGCAGACAGUGGCCAGCAAGCUGGACGCCCCAGGGCCCGCCGUCUAGGAGGGGGCCUGGCCUGCGCCGCCCAGGGAGGCCGGCCCCCUGGGGAAAGGCCUGAUUGUGUGUACCACUGGGGACAGGGUCUCUCUGUGUCCUGAAAGCCCUGUCUGCCCUCAGAGGAUGACACUACUUAUGAGAAAUAAAUAGGCCAGCACGGCGGGAAAUUUUUCUAGCCACCCACCGGUUUAAACCAAGUCAAAUCCCAACGUUUCUGUGCGCACUUAGGCAAGGCCUCCCUUGCAAAGGCAGCGCCUGUGGGCACAAACUGUGUUCCCAGGCUGCACUCGCUCC